UGUAUUGCACACCACAAGACCACUGCACACAACUCUGCAGCGUUUGGCUCCUUUGCCACCUCUGCCUGAGAAAGGAGGAGAAGUCCGUUAUGGUUUGAUCCCUGAGGAGUUUUUCCAGUUUCUCUAUCCUAAAACAGGCGUCACAGGGCCUUACAUGUUGGGAACUGGACUCCUGCUUUACUUUCUCUCUAAGGAAAUCUAUGUAAUUAACCACGAGACAGUUGCAGCUGCCUGCAUAUUGUCAGUCAUCAUUUAUGGCAUAAAAAAAUAUGGGUCUGAUGUAGCAGCUUUUGCUGACAAACUUAAUGAGGAGAAAAUUGCUCAAGCUUUAGCUGUGAAAAAUGAGGCUAUUAAAGAUCUUGAGACUACCAUUGAGCAGGAGAAGAAGGAGCAAUGGCGGGCUGAAGGCCACAGUUACCUCUUUGACGCUAAGCGGAAUAAUAUUGUAAUGUUGCUGGAAGCCAAUUAUCGAGAACGAUUACUGACAGUGUACAAUGAAGUAAAGAAAAGGCUGGACUAUCAAGUGGCUAUGCAGAAUUUAAAGCGUCAGAAAGAACAAGAUCACAUGAUUCAGUGGGUGGAGAAAAAUGUCAUUCAGAGCAUCACACCUCAACAGCAGAAGGAGAGUAUUGUGAAGUGCAUUUUGGACCUGAAGGCGUUAUCAAAGAGUGCACAGGCAGCGGUGUAACCACAUCUGAUUCCACUGAUGCGUCUCAUUACUUACUGUUGGAAAAUGUGUCAUUCUGAAGUAUCAUUAAA